AUGCGUCUACUUCCUUUCGGCAGGGUCGCACUGCUCACCGGCUGUGAAGCCUUGAAGACCGAGUCGGUGAAACGUCCCUCACCCUUCAACCCCCUGCGCGGUCGGCUGGCCCGGGAAGAAGACCGGGCCCAAGUGCAUUUGAUCCAGGAGUUAAUGAGAGCCAAACGGCACUUGGCCGAGGAGUUAGUCCGAGCCCAACCCCACCUGGUCCACGACGUAGGCCGACCCGUGAUACACGACGAGUCGCGUCCCCGGUCCAAAAUGGAACUGUCUAACUCCUCCCAGUCAAAUCCGUCGCAGUCCUACAUCAACCAGGAUGUAGCCAACCCCCGCUCCACUGUGGAUGAGGCGCUGGACGUGGAGGAAGAGAUGGAGCGCAUGGUCCAUCUGAGCCCUCCUCAGUAUGACCACCAGGGACAGUUAGAGUCCACUGACCCAGAGUUGGAGCUCCAUGAUGGGGUGGGGGCCGCCGACGCCUCCCUGGAGGCCUCCGGCUUCUAUGGCACCGACACGGAGGAGAGAGGAGAGGAGGGAGAGGAGCGAGAGAGGAGAGGAGAAGAGAGAGGGGAGGAAGGAUGGGAGAAAAACAACGAGGAGGCCAGAGAGGAGAGGAAAGAAGGAGAGGACCCGGACGACGUUCGUCUCUGGGCAGAUUUGGAGACCAACCACAGCACACCGGAUCUGGACUCUCUGAUCGGCUACAGUCCAUCUUUCCUCCAUUAUGCCAUAUCCAGUCCCAGACAACCCAGCCACUCCUCACAGGGCUCAGUGCUCGAUGCUGGGCUACAGGAGCAGCGGGGACCCCUGACCCCUAAGGUGGCUUCCCGAGAGAGGGAGUUGUGGGAGGGGGAGCGGGAGGAAGAGAAUCUGUCAAGUGGCUACGGAAUCUUCCACUCCUCCAUCACCACCACCAUCACCGUUACCACUGGUUCCCCGGCUGUCACUCGUUCCAGUUGGGGGGCAGGAGGAGGCUGGACCACAGCAGGAACACCCGUCCCAGAGACUGACACGGGUACAGACUUUGGGCUGGUGGAAAGUCCUGGACUGGACUCGGCAAAGGCUGAGGGAGAGGAGGGGGAGAGGGAGGAAGAGGCAAGACGAAGAUUAUCCCACUUGGACGCGUUUACCCAGAACCCCACUGUGCCGGAAGUGGGCGUGGCUCCCAGCAGGGAGCCCCUUCAACCCAGCGUGGAGGAAGAGGAGGGGCUAGAGCAGGAAGAGGAGGAGCUAGAAGAGAGAGAGGAGGAGGAGGAGGAGGAAUGGAGGAGGAUGGAGAGAGAGAGAGCAAGAAACAGACCACUCGUUCCUCUCACCACAAACCCAACCUUCACCGUCAGUUUCACACAGCCGUUCUCUAACUCUGGAUUUCCUCUGCAGGUGGUGUGUGUGGACUGGAGUGAGCUGGCCAGUCAAGGCUACGUCAUCCUCAACAUGACCGAAAACAUGAACUGUGAGGAGUUCCGUGCAGACCACGGUGUGAGGUUGUUGGAGAUCUUGGAGCAUUUGUUCACUAGGAAGAUGAAAAGCCCCGAGGGAUCAUGGGUAAUUUACCUCAGCAAACCAACUCACCAGCAACACCAGCUGCUGAUGAAUGUGGCAUCAAAACAUGGAAUGGUAGCUACCAAGGAUGUGCUGGGGAUGCUUGGAGAAAUCAGGAGACAUUUGAAUGAGGUCGGUAUUCAGAAUUUCAGUGCGGCCAGCAGCUGUCAGUACCGGCCCAGUCAGACACGUAGUGACUACGGCAAGCUGUUCGUGGUCCUGGUGAUCAUUGGCUCCGUCUGUAUGGUCAUCAUCACAUCCGGACUCAUCUACAUCUGCUGGCAGAGACGCCUGCCUGCUACCAAGACUAUGACCCGUGCUGAGGAACUUCAUUUUGUGGAGAAUGGUUGCCAUGACAACCCCACCUUGGACGUGACCAAUGACAGCCAGCCUGAGAUGCAGGAGAAGAAGCCAAGCACCAAUGGGCUUGCAGGAGGCAGUGAGGGGGGCGGGGAGGAGAACAGCAGCCGCUGGCAGGUGUUUGUCAACCAACCAGGAAGUGAAGAGGAAGAGGAGGAGCAAGACACGCACCUCUGA